UAACUUAAGAGAAAUGGACACAAAUGAAAAAGACAUGUAUAUUAUGGCCAUCUUACAAGACGACCGCGCCACGGCAACAACUAAGAAAGGAAAAAAGAGGCAACGGAUGCGUUAUACAUUUAAAUUUAAUGGGUCCAUUGUUUGCAGGAGAACAUUUCACCUCUGCUAUGACAUAGGAAGAAGUGCCUUACAAGGUCUAAUGGCGCACAUGGCAACAAAUGGGAUCGUUCCAAGGACCCAUGGAAAUACUGGAAGACGGCCCAAGCAUGCCCUAACGUUUGACGAUGUGCAGCGCGUGGUAAAGUUUCUCCUGAACUAUGCAGAACGUGAGGGGUUACCAAUGCCUGCAGCUCCAAGAGGGCGAGACAAUAUUCCACCAACUUAUCUCCCUGCAAGCGAAACGAAACUGAAGACAUUCAAGGAAUAUGAGAAACAGGCUGUAGAUUCGGUGGUUCCCAUUCGAUGUGUGAAGCUGACCGCCUUCAAGACAAUUUGGUCGACAUGUAUACCCCAUAUCAAAAUCGCAUCUCCGCGUGACGACGUCUGUGCUACAUGCGAAAAAAUCAGGAAACGCGUGAUGGACGCUGUCGAGGAAGACGACAAAAAAGAAGCGGCGGAUGCAUACAGCGCUCAUAUAACGAAGGCACAACAGGAACGGGAGUUGUACAAUGACUGUAUACGUCGCAGUACGGAGACGCGUCACACCGCUGAAUGUGAGCGGUACCACCAUUUCACGUUUGACUUUGCCCAAAGUGUUAGCCUGCCGCAUUACUACAGACAAAUGGGGCCCUUAUUCUUCUUGUCCCUUCGGAAGAUCAGUAUAUUUGGAUUCCGAAUAGAUGGCGACCCACACCAGCUGAAUUUCCUCAUCGACGAGAACGAGACCCUGGGGAAAGACGGUUCGAAAUCACACGGACCAGAUGCCGUCAUUUCAAUGAUAGACUGGGCCCUUCAAAACUACGGCGGCCAAUCAACGUCUUGCUCCAUCCACGCCGAUAAUUGUCCAGGUCAGAAUAAGAAUAAGUAUCUCGUGGGCUACUUCAUGUGGAGAGUCAUGACCGAACAGCACAGUACCAUUGAGUAUCUUAUGCAAAUACCAGGACAUGCAAAAUGCCUCGUGGAUAGUGGGUUUGGAAAUGUGAAGCGAUUGUACAGGAGAACGGACUGUGAAAGCCUGGAUCAGCUGGAGGACGUUGUGAAUAAAUCCUCAUAUUCUAACACAGCGGUUCGUUAUCCAGCAUGGUCUUGGAGAAACUGGAAAGGCUUCCUGGGCGAUCAUUUCAAAGCACUCAAUGGAAUAAGGAAGUACCAGUACUUUCGAUUUUCGUCCACUGAGCCUGGUGUCGUUGUAGUAAGAACGUCGCGAGAUGCAGAGGAGGACACGCUGAACGUUCUAAAGGAUCCUGCCUUCCGGUUCGAGACCCAAGCCCAACCGGAUGUUGUUCAAGCUGCAGGAUUUAGCCAUCCCCGACAAGAAUCAUUAUAUAAAUGCGUCCGACCAUACGUUCGGCCUCCGUAG